AUGAUCUUACCAUGACUUUGUUGGGUAAAGAACUAAGAAGAAUUUACGCAGAAAGUGGCGGGAAAAAAGAACCGUUAUGACUUAGAUUCAGCGCCAAAACAAUAGACGUAAACUGUAAACAUGUUAUUAAUUUCCGAUUUUACCCUUUACUCGUCUUCCACCUAAUUAUAAUAGUGUCUUCCUCUGAAAGCUUCUCCUCUAAUAAUUCCUGGGGAAGCAAGCGACUUGUAAAAGGCAAAACGUGUCUUUAAUAGCAAGAAUCUUUCGCAUACUUUCCACUUACUCCCUCUUCCUCUUCUUUUAUUUGCUCCCUUAUCUUUGUGUCUCUAUUCCUCCGCAAAAUAUGGGAUCUUCAAAGAAAUCUCAAGUCGGUAGAGGAUUAGACACCGACGGUAGCAAAUGGGUCAUCGCCGAAAUCUCUAUACGGGCUUCACUGAAGCCGGUGAAAACCAAACAGAAACGGCACGAGAGAGACACAGAAGCUGAAGAUGAACAUUACAGUGGCAGCGAAGAGUACUGCAUCACGCCCACGGCGAAAGAAGCGAAGCUCUCUGAGAAACUGAUAUGUCCCCCUGCGCCAAGGAAACGCAGACCAGAGUUGAAGUGUCGGAGCAAUGUCGGUAUAGAGUACUUUGUGGUGACUCCUUCAGAAUUGGAGACGGUUUUUAUACGAAGCAGUAAUGUAAAACGAUAAUAUUCUCAAGCAUAUAUUAGUGAACGAGUUUUAAAUAGUUGUCAGGACAUUGUCACUAGCUUCUACUAUAAACUUUGAAGAUCAUUUACCUUGUACUUUAUAAGUCACCCUAUUUAUAUCUAUAAUUUUAUAAACACAGUUACAUAAAAUAUAAAAAAAACUUAUAUACUUGAAAAAAAAAAAAAAAAACUUAUAUACAUUCAAUUUGCUUCGAAUGCCUUAAUAUAUUUUGACUAUACAAUUAGUCAACCAUGCUUUGGUGGUAAAAAAAAAGAACUUGUGGCAAGGUGUAAACCCGAUCAUGGAUUCGACUCUUGCCUGCCUGGAAUUAAGUUGUCAUUAUGUUCUAGCUCUCAUUAAAAAAUACGGAGUCAAAUUUUGAUUAAAAAAAACAUAAUA